CCUUUUUUCUGGAUUUUCAUCAUCAUGGCAUCUAAUGAUCCACCAACUAAAGGUGGAACAAUAGAAUCUCAACCAUCUAUUCACAUUACUGGAGAUUCUUCUUCUAAUCAUCCUCUAGAUCCAAAUCCUUCAACUAUGGAUGAUUCAAAUGAAAAACUUGAAAAUACAACAGCAAAUAAUAAAGAAGAAUCAACAUUAAAUCAAGACAAUAUCAGUCAUCCUCAAUUGGACGUCAAUGGAAAUUUACCUGGAAUGAAAUCAUUGACUGUAGAAGAACUUUAUGAUAAAGAAAAGUUUGAUCUUUCUACUAUGCAACCUGGUGAUGUCUUUACUCUUUUACAAACAACAACAGAUGGUCUUACUUCAGAAGAAGCUGCUUCUCGUAUCGAAAAGUUUGGUUACAAUCGACUUGAACACAAAGAAAUCAAUCCUAUUUUACAAUUCCUUGGUUUCAUGUGGAAUCCAUUAUCUUGGGUUAUGGAAGCUGCUGCCCUUGUUGCUAUUGCGGUUUCUAAUGGUGGUGGUAAACCUCCUGAUUGGGAAGAUUUUAUUGGUAUCGUCCUUUUGCUUUUAGCCAACGCUACUAUUGGUUUUUGGGAAGAACGCAAUGCUGGUAAUGCUGUUAAGGCUCUGAUGGCAUCCUUAGCUCCUGAAUGUAAAGUCAAACGUGAUGGUAAUUGGUGUUCAAUGGAAGCUGCCGAAUUGGUUCCUGGUGAUAUUAUCAGUAUCAAGUUGGGUGAUGUUGUACCUGCUGAUGGUCGUCUUGUUAAUGCUCACGGUGAUGUAUCGAUUGAUCAAGCUGCUCUUACUGGUGAAUCCUUACCGGUUGGAAAAGAGGCAGGUGAUGAAGUAUUUUCUGGUUCCACUGUCAAACAAGGUGAAGCUGAAGCAGUGAUCAUUGGUACUGGUCUCAAUACUUUCUUUGGUCGUGCUGCAAAAUUGGUGGGCGAAUCUGGGGACGAUAUUGGUCAUUUGCAACAAAUAUUAGCCAAGAUUGGGAAUUUCUGUCUUUGUACUAUUGGUAUUUUCUUGGUGGUUGAAAUUCUAGUCAUGUAUGCUGCUUUCCGUUACGACUAUCGACGUGGUAUCGAUAAUCUAUUAGUCUUGCUCAUUGGUGGUAUUCCUAUUGCUAUGCCGACUGUACUAUCUGUGACUCUUGCUAUUGGUGCCAAACAACUUGCUGAACAUAAAGCUAUCGUUACUCGUAUCACUGCUAUCGAAGAAAUGGCUGCUGUCACUAUUCUUUGUUCUGACAAGACUGGUACCCUUACUUUGAACAAACUGAUUGUGGACAAACCUACUAUCAAAUGUUAUGCUGAAUUUGAUAGUGAUGGUAUCAUUCUUCUCUCUGCUUAUGCUUCACGUAUGGAAAAUCAAGAUGCCAUCGAUUUUUGUAUCACCAAUUCAUUACCUGAUCCCGCUAUGGCAAGAGAAGGAAUCGAAGAAUUGGAAUUCAAACCAUUCAAUCCGGUUAUCAAGCGAACAGAAAUUACUUACAAGGAUAAAGAUGGUGUUCUUAAACGUGCUACAAAAGGAAUGUCUCAUUUUAUCUUGGAUCUAUGUACUCGUGACAAGGAUGAAGCUCAAAUCAAGGCUCUAAAUGAUGAUGUGGAUGAAUUUGCUCGACGUGGAUUACGAUCUCUUGCUGUGGCUAUAAAUGAAAUUCCCUCUGGAAAUCCUGAAGAUGAAGGAAAAGGUUAUCGUUUGGUUGGACUUUUACCUAUCUAUGAUCCACCUCGAUCUGAUACAAAGGAAACCAUUGAUCGUGCUAUUGCUUUGGGUGUACAAGUCAAGAUGAUUACUGGUGAUCAACUCGCUAUUGCAAAAGAAACUGGUCGACGUCUUGGUAUGGGUGAUAAUAUGUUCUUAUCGUCUACUCUCAAGGAAGGUCCUCCUGCUGGUUCUGGUUAUGAUGAUGUGGAUGAUAUGGUAUUAGGUGCUGAUGGUUUUGCUGGUGUAUAUCCUGAACACAAACAUGAAAUUGUUGAACGUUUACAAGCUCUAGGCCAUAUGUGUGCAAUGACUGGUGAUGGUGUGAAUGAUGCUCCUGCUCUCUCCAAAGCCAACGUGGGUGUUGCUGUAGCUGAUGCUUCUGAUGCUGCUCGUGCUGCUGCCGAUAUUGUAUUGACUGAACCUGGUUUAUCUGUGAUUAUUGAAGCUUUUAUUCAUUCUCGUCAAAUUUUCCAACGUAUGCGAAACUAUUCUAUUUAUACCUGCUCGGUCACCAUUCGUGUUGUUAUUGGUUUUGCUAUCUUAGUGUUUGCCUUUCAAUCGGAUUUCCCUCCUUUUAUGGUACUGAUUUUGGCUAUUCUCAACGAUGGUACUAUUAUGACUAUUUCGACGGAUCGUGUUAAACCUUCACCUCAUCCUGAUCGAUGGAAUCUAUUUGAAAUCUUCUCAAGUGCUAUUGUUUAUGGACUAUAUCUUGCUGCGUCAACCAUCGCCUUUGUCUCUACUAUUCUGAAAACAAAUUUCUUUCAACGCAAGUUUGGUGUUCAUCCAAUCACGUAUCCCAACGAUUUUGUUCUCCAUUCAGUAGUGUAUCUUCAAGUAUCCACCAUCUCGCAAGGAUUGAUCUUUGUUACACGAUCUCAAAGUUUCUUCUUUUUGGAACGUCCUUCCGUACUCUUGAUGUGUGCAUUUAUUGUUGCUCAAUUGGUUGCUACCUUUAUUUCCGUUUAUGCCAACUGGGGAUUUACUCGUAUUGAAGGCUGUGGAUGGGGUUGGGCAGGUAUUGCAUGGAUAUGGAAUUUUGUAUGGUUUAUGCCUUUGGAUUGGAUCAAAUUUGGUUUACAACGUCUUUUCAGAGAACAACAUCCAGCUAUUGUUGAUGAAACUGGAUCCCUUAGACGACGACGAUCUUCAGCUACAUCCGCCAUUUCAGGUACCAGCAAUUCUGCCAGAUAUUAUCGAAACCGUACUAGAUCUCUUCGUGCACUUGAAACUCCCAAUAGUUUUAGACGACGUUUGUUUGGUAAUGGUCGAUCUGUUUCCAUGAAUCCCAAGGAACUUCGCCGAUUAUCAUCCGUUCAGGCAAACAAUGCUUCAAGAAUCUUAUCUGGUGGAGAACCAAGUGUCUCAAGGGUUUGAAUUUCCUUUUUGUUAUUAUUUAUUUAGUUUUUAGUUUAUAUAUUAUCAUUCUUGUUAUGAAAUUAUCUAUUAUGAAAAGAUGUAGUUAGUCUCUUUGUUAUUAUUAUAAUUAUUAUAUGUCAUAUCCACUAAUAAACAGAAAAAAAAAGUCAACAAUGUAC